ACAAGUCUAAGAAUGUAUUGCGGACUAGCCUCAGGAAAGCAUUUUACAAACGUAUUUAGCAAGCACUGUCCCAGCAAGAGACAACAAAGCACAACCCAUGUAAAGAUAUCCUCUGUUGACUGUGUGGGUGUGCCUUUCUGCUAUUUAAUACUCAUGGCUGUCACACACAGCACUGCAGCUGUGACUGAAAUGCUAGCAAAAGUGAGAAAACAAGUUGGCAGUGUUUAGUGGCGUGUGCUGGAGGGCCAGAAAAGGGAAUACUUAAAAACCAAAACUGUUGCUGAAGAGCACCGCGAAAACUUGUCGAGAGGAGCAGCAGUUGCUUUCUGCUGCGACUGCGGUCCAUGUGUGGUGCAAGCUGCCUUAUAGUGUCACUCAAGUGACGACGAGUGACUGCGUUUAAAUCGAUAACAGCCGUAAACUGCUAUGAGCAGGCUGACUGGUAGUCCGCGUGCUCCGUCGUUGUCUGUUCAGGGAGCGGGCUUACCACCGUUGCCGAAAAGCUUGAGCGGGCUGUUGAAUUCCAGUGGUGGCGGCUCAUGGCGGGAGAUGGAGCGUCUCUACGCCAAGAAGUCCAUGAUCCAGGAUGAACUGUCACGUCUCGGGCGCUCGGGUACAAACGGUGGUGGAAGUGGGCUUCGCGGCACGGACCCCCUACGAACUGUUAACAAACCAGCUAACCUAGACGCUGCCCUGGCACUCCUACGAAAAGAGAUGAUUGACACAUUUAUGAAGCAUUACUUCAGGUGUCCUGUUACCCAUCUGAGCCAUUCCCCUUUCUGGUUGGGCUUCGUCAGUUGGACAUGUCUUUGCUGUGCCAGCUAUGGUCUCUGUAUGAGUCCAUUCAGGAUUACAAAGGAACCUGUCAGGAUAUGACUGCUGCAGCCAGUGCAGAAUGUUCUUAUGUCAUUGAAAAUGGCAACUUUUAUGAUGAAGAAGAUGAAUAUUACCAGGAGGAAGUGAUGUAGAUUAUUUAAAGGCUGCUAAAUAUGGAACUUUUUAUCAUAUUUCUUCUUGAUGUGAUAUUCAUCAUGUCUUAAAACAUUUUAUAUUACA